AUGGAGAACAUUCUUCUAGCAACCGAAAUUGUGAAAUAUUAUCACAAACCGUCAGUUACACCAAGAUGUGCCAUGAAAAUCGAUAUAUCGAAGGCCUUUGAUUCAGUACAGUGGCCGUUUUUGCUGAAUAUAAUGCAGGCUUUGGAUUUUCCUGAUGUUUUCAUAUGCUGGAUCAAUCGCUGUAUCACUUCUGCCUCAUUCUCUGUACAAGUAAAUGGGGAGCUCACUGGUUAUUUUGGGAGCAAAAGAGGUCUAAGACAGGGCUGUUCCCUUUCCCCUUACCUCUUUGUUAUGUUCAUGAAUGUGCUUUCAUGCAAGAUCGACAUGGCUGCUGCAGACAGAAAAUUCGGGUAUCAUCCUAACUGUAAGAAUCUCUCUCUCACACACCUCUGCCUUAGCAUAAGUCUUGAAAAAUCGACUCUCUACACGGCUGGAGUCUCAGACGAACUUCCGGUAAAAUACCUUGGGUUACCAUUGCUGAUUCGGAAAAUGAAUGCAACGGACUACCUUCCUCUUAUUGAAAACAUCCAAAACAGAAUCAACUCAUGGACAGCGCGUGCACUGUCUUUCGCGGGGCGGUUACAGUUAAUCCGAUCUGUUAUAUUCAGUAUCAAAAAUUUUUGGAUCGCAGCAUUCCGACUUCCCAAAGCUUGCAUCACUGAGAUUGAUCGACUCUGUUCCGCUUUUUUAUGGUCUGGACCGGCUCUAAAUUCUAAAAAGGCUAAGGUUGCUUGGAAAGACAUCUGCACUCCAAAAGACGAAGGUGGGUUAGGACUAAGAUCGAUAACAGAGACAAACAAAGUUAGCUGUCUUAAGCUAAUUUGGAGAAUUCAGUCAACGAGAUCUCUAUGGACAGUAAAGCAUACCACAUCCCUGGGAUCAUGGAUGUGGAAAUUUUUUUUGAAAUAUAGACAUCUGGCAAAACAGUUUUAUGCGAUGGAAAUUAGAAGUGGGAGCAACACUUCUUUUUGGCAUGAUCCUUGGUGUGAGCUUGGGUGUCUGUUGCAGCGAACAGGGGAACGUGGUGUUAUUGAUUUGGGAAUACCACUGCAGGCAACAGUUGGGGAUGCAUUGGACAUGCCUCGUAGGAGGAGACAUAGACGAAGGGUGUAUAAAGAGAUUGAAGAGCAGUUGCAGCAGGUUGAACGACAAAGAACACCAAAUGAAAGGGACAUUGCUAAAUGGAAGGGGAUCUCGGGUACGUUCAAGGGGAAGUUCAGUUCUCAGAAAACCUGGAAACAAAUCAGACUUCUGACUCUCGUCCAUGACAUGCUGCCUGGUGACAAUGUUCUUCCAACAUCGACAGAUGACAUGAAGAAAUUCUUGAAGGUAUUUGGUUUUGGGUAUGAUGUAAUUCAUGCGUGUAAGAAUGAUUGCAUCCUCUAUCGGAAGCAAUAUGAAGAUAAGGUCAGCUACCCAAGAUGUAAUGCCUCGAGAUGGGAAAAGGAUAAGCACACUGGCGAAGAAAAGAAGGGAAUUCCAGCAAAGGUACUUAGAUAUUUCCCUAUCAAGAACAGAUUCAAGCGAAUGUUUAGAUCUACAAGGAUGGCUGAGAAUUUGCAAUGGCACUUCAACAAUGCUUCUGAAGAUGGUACCAUGCGGCACCCUGUAGACUCGAUAACAUGGACUCAAGUUAAUUCGAAAUGGCCUCAGUUUGCUGCUGAACCAAGAAACCUGAGACUCGGUCUGUCAACUGAUGGGAUUAAUCCCUUCUCUAUUCAGAACACCAAGUACAGUACAUGGCCGGUUUUGCUAGUAAAUUACAACAUGCCUCCAACAAUGUGUAUGAAGGCAGAGAACAUAAUGGUGACAAUGCUGAUCCCAGGACCAACUGCCUGA